ACUGACACGUGGCCCGCGAUCUGCACACAAUGGGUCGACUAAGUCUUCUGGUUACUUGCGUGCAGGAAAGGUCUAGACCAUUGAGCCUGCAACGUAUCUUGUUCCAAUCCCGCAAGCUUUUCAUUAUAAUCCCAACCUCACCAGUGUGUCGUGUAAUCCCGAAGUUGAGGAGUAAAAUUCCUUCGGACAGCAUUUAGGUAUCUCACUGAAUUGGAACUGGAAGGCAGCAGUUUUGUUAAAAUAGAUACUGAGUGAUUUGAAUAGCCUUAAAUGUUGAGUUUGAUUCAUUGGUUAUAGUAAACUUUGUUGUAAUCUGAGAUUUUGCUUAGCCAUGGAGACAGUGGCUUGCAGUCGUUAUGCUCCAGUGGCCAUUAUCCCUUUAAAUUUUCAAUGUUCAAGGAUUAUUAAGGGUUUAAAGCUAUGCAAACUCCCGGGAGGGUUUUUGAAGAGGAAUAUCAAUAAGAGGCAUAGAUUAAGAUACAGGCCUCUAGUGGCAAGUGCUAAAGGGCGUCUUAAAGGAGAUGCUAAUGAAGAAACCAAAAAACAGUAUGAAUUUGAUGAAAAUGACAGUACUCAAGUACAGUUCAAUGAACAUCCUUUGGCUUUUGGGUCUUCAAUUUCUUCAAUGGAGCCAUUGAUUGGUAGUAGUUGUUUUCUUGAAGAAGAAGGUUUGGGCGAGAGUAUGGGCAAAGAUCUCACUGUUAUUGAUACUAAGCCCUCCUCGGUGAUUCAGAUUCCUGGCCUGCCAGAUGGGAAUAACGGUUCUUGUAUCACUAGUGGUUCAUGGGAGUGGAAACAUAAAUGGAUAGUGAAUUAUGACAAGGCAGGUUCUCAGAAUGUGGGUGCUCCGGCAGUGUUGUUUUUGCCUGGAUUUGGUGUGGGGUCUUUCCAUUAUGAUAAUCAAUUGCGUGACUUAGGAAGGAAUUUUAGGGUCUGGGCUAUUGAUUUUCUAGGCCAAGGAAAGUCGCUGCCUUGUGAUGAUCCCGCACCUCCGGUCGGAGAAGUGGAUUCUGAAGAAAAUAUCAAGUAUUGGGGUUUUGGUCCAAAAGUGGAGCCGUGGGCAAGUGAGCUUGUGUAUUCAGUGGAUUUGUGGCGUGAUCAGAUUCGCAAUUUUGUAGAGCAGGUUAUUGGUGAGCCAAUUUAUGUUGUAGGCAACUCAUUAGGUGGAUUUAUGGGACUCUACUUUGCUGCAUGCUACCCUCAACUAGUAAGGGGAAUAUCAUUGCUGAAUGCCACACCAUUUUGGGCAUUUAUUCCUAAUUCUUCAAGGUCACCUAACAUGGCAAAACUUUUUCCUUGGGCUGGAAAUUUUCCUGUGCCACCUAAAGCAAGAAAGCUCACUGAAUUUGUUUGGAGCAAGAUAAGUGAGCCGGAAGCCAUAAAGAAUGUCCUUAAGCAAGUUUAUGUUGAUCAUUCAGCCAUGACAGAUGAACUUUUUUCGCGUAUACUAGAAGUAACAGAACAUCCAGCUGCAGCAGCUUCGUUUGCUUCAAUAAUCUUUGCUCCUCAGGGCGAGCUUUCAUUCAAUGAAAUUCUUUUAAGAUGUCAGGAAAUGAACAUACCAAUCUGUCUUAUUUAUGGGAGGGAAGAUCCUUGGGUGAGGCCUCAAUGGGGUCAACUGGUGAAGAGCCAAGUGCCAGACGCUGUCUACUAUGAAAUCAGUCCUGCAGGGCAUUGUCCUCACAGUGAGGUUCCUGAGGUGGUGAAUUUUUUGCUACGAGGUUGGAUUGAGAAUCGAGAAUCACAAGCUUCUGUGGCUUUGCCUCUUUAUGAUGAUCCUAGUUUGCUUCAUUCGGACCUCUGGAGGGAGAUGGAGUUUGAGAGGAAGGGUUUAAGAAGAUCAGUGCAAGUACGUGUGGUUAGGAGCAAGACCCCAUUUUGGAAAUUUUUUCUGUCUGUGUUUCAACCCUUGUUAAGAAUAUUUGGAGGUAAAUCUUAUAAGACACGGAUCUAAAUUGUUGAAGGAUUUUAUAUACAAUGUAUACUAAAUGUUUCAAUUCUCAAGCUCAAAAUUGCCUUCA